AUGCCGAUUCCAUCGCUAUCACCUUGUUGGAGACGUGACAAUUAUGCAAACUCUCCGCUUUUUAUGGAAUCACUUUCAUUUCCUCGAUUACCAGCCUUAAUUUGCAAUGUAAACAAUCAUAAAACUCGUAUAGCUAGUUUUUAUGGCAAAAGUGAUCAACGGAAGGAAACCAGUGGUAUCCGUCAACUCUCCUCAGCAAACAAACGAUUUGAGCGUUUUAAGGAUGUUAUAAGAUUCACCAAUUUAGUGGCAAUGGAAGAAAUAGAGGAGGAACAAGAGAGUUCAUGUAGCGAAGGAGUGAAAGCCCUCGAUGAUUACGCUGUUGAUACCACAGAAGAAAGCGACAGCUUCUCUCCUGUUAUUAACGGCGGCUCAGCUUCUGCAACUCCUGUGAAACAAAUCUCCAGCGGAAAUGGCGAUCUGAAAGCUCUCAAACCGAAAAUAUUCUCCUACUUUUCCAUUCCGUCUUUCAUAAUAUGUGAGAAGUCCGACGAAGGCGAUAGCAGUGACUUUUUCGACACAUCUCCUUCUCAAAUCAAAGACUUUCUGUUUGCACAAGUUCUAGGCAUACGAAUCUUUGUUUUUGUGCUGCAGUUGUUGUUCAAUUCUUGGGACUUUUCAACUGAUGCUUUCAAAGGUGUCCCAAUUGAAGAAGAAGAAUUAUCUCGGCUAGAUCAUGUUAUUCAACGAAUUUUCGCUGGAUUUAAGCGCUGGGAUGCGGUGCACAUGUUACAUAUAGCCCAACAUGAAUACGUGUUUGAGAACAGUUUGGCGUUCUUUCCGUUCUAUCCUAUGGCAAUCAGAAUUCUUUCAAUGGCAUGGGCAACACCGUUUGUGCAUUUUGGAGUCCUGCAUGUGUCGUCAGCUUUGCUCGUAUCAGCCGUGGCGCUAAAUUUGGCUUGUUUCGUCGCAGCGGCAGCUGUAUUGUACCAAAUAGUACGAAUUGUAUCGCGUUCAGUGAAACAAUCCAUUAUUGCGGUGCUUUUGUUUUCUGCGAACCCGGCCACUAUUUUCUUCUCAGCAGCUUAUACAGAAUCGCUUUAUUGUCUGUUGACAUUCACCGGGAUCUGGUUGCUUCUCGAAGACAGUCAGCCAUUUUCCACCCGUUAUCUUGGGUCGUUGCUUUGUUUUGGCCUUGCUUAUGCUACAAGAUCAAAUGGUCUUAUCAAUCUUGGCUACGUGGGUUUCUUUUGCUUCACUGAGUUCCUCCUCAGUACAGAUCCGGAAAACCCACGGCAACGUUGUGUGGUUUUCAAAAGGCCUUUCACAGAGAUCAUCACUAAAGCAGGAGUUUUCAUCCUACGUUUGGUAUUGGCUGUGUUUUCCAUUUCGUUGCCUAUCUUUGUCCAUGGCCGUCGUCAACAAAUCGCUUUUUGCUCGCAGUCGUCGAUUAACAAUGUACCAACUACACUACAGCAUUUUGCAGCUGAUCACAAGCUGGUUACGGUUGGAAGAACAGAUGUGAUUGAUUGGUGCAACGUGACAUCUUCAAUCUUUCCACCAUUCUACGCAUCUGUCCAAUCCAAAUACUGGCAUGUAUCGUUAUUUGGGUACUGGCAACUACGUAAAAUACCAUGCUUCCUAAUGGCUGCGCCCGCUUUUUAUCUGGUUGUAUUUGGAGCACAUCAAACAUUUUAUCGCGCACGAUCAAAGAGUAGUUUGUUGCAUCUCUUGGCCGACAAUGGUGACCACGUGCCAUACACUCUUCAUGCGAUUUUCAUGGCUCUAGGUGCACUAUUAGUGUAUAAUGCAGAGAUCCUGACAAGGAUGCUCUUUUCUAGUUCUCCCUUUCCUUAUCUAGUGCUUGCCCGAUGGAUAUCUAAAGUGACACCACAGGUACGUCUGUCAGAUCUUUUCGUACCGCAGCCACUUCCAUUUUUCACAUAUUUCUGUCGUCGAGGACUCCCAGAAUUUCUACUCUAUCUAUAUCUCAUGGUGUACCUAGUUUUUGGAACGACAACACAUGCAAUGUGGUUGCCGUUCACAUGA